AUGGGAGAACUUGAUUGUACGUAUACUGAUGACUCAGCCACUGAAGCAUAUGAAGAGCCACAACCGAAAAGGGCCAAAUCAAGUGAUUUGUUAUCACAGUUGUGUGACAGUGGACCCUCCACGACCGAAUCUCCCAAACCAUCUUCCUCCAAGUCCAAGCCUGACGAUGAAUUUUUUCAAGAAAUACAUGAACAGCUUAUGGACAAGGAGAGAACCUCUGAGCCAGUCAAUACUCUGUUAGCGGGAAUUGUGGAUGACUUAAUGUUCAAAACCAGUCGUCCUGAUGACUCAAAAGUAAAAGAAAAAAUGGAAGCGACUUUGACUUUGAGGCCAGUCAACUGUGCUUCCCUUGUGCCUACAAGGGUAGAUGAACUGAUAUGGACCCUAAUGAAACCAAAUACCCAGACAGUUGACAAAAAACUGCAGAAAACACAGGCAAUGAUUGUAAAAACUGUAUGUAUUUUGACUAAGGUCAUUGACAAUUUGUAUACACUGAAAGAUGAAAUCAUGAGGGAUGGCAUUUCUGCAAUCGAAAUGGCUAGCAUUGCAAACUGUGACCUAAAUAUCCGUCGCCGGGAUUUGAUCAAGCCAGAUGUACACACCAGCUAUAUGCCGCUGUUCUCAUCCACAAUUCCAGUUAAUGCCUACCUCUUCGGCGGUGAAGCACCUAAACGCCUGGAUGACAUUGAAAAAUCCAACAUGGCAUGUCAUCAGCCUGUGUCUUCAGAAAAUAGAAAGAGAGGGAGUAACAGCACUGAUAAUAGUCAGGACUGGCCGACACAGCAUUGGUAUGCCAUAUUGAUGGGAUUGUUAGUAGACCACCCUCGCCGGUUGCCUCGUCGAAUGGAUCUGUUGACACUUCCUCACAACUCAGAACUCCAUCCUCUCAGGAAGAAAAUGACACUGCUGGCUUGCUUCUUGUCCGGAAAGCAAUGGAGAUCAGAGGAAUACCGGAGGACGCUCACCCCAUCAUCCUUUCCUCGUGGCGGAAGUCUUCUCAAAAACAGUAUCAAGUCUUCCUUCAGAAGUGGGAAGUGUGCUGUGAUAAAAGGAAAGUUAAUCCCCUUUGUGCCUCUGUGA